UUUUAUCGCCUCAUAUCGCGCGCCGUCAGUUAAACGUUAAUGUGUGACAGGUGCUUCGCGCUUCUUCCCCGCUAGAUGGCGCUAAAACUUCAGGUUGAGUAAUUCAAAAUGGCGUGUCAGCCAUGGUACUUUGAAUGAAUCACCCGAGAUAUUCCACUAGUGCUGAGGCAGAGUGCGCAUAGAUGACAUGCUGCCAAGAAAGCAUGUGGCGGGGUUGGAGAAGAAACGCGACGCACACAUAGAGGCACUAUUCAACCAGUUCAUCAAUGCGGGCACCUGCAAAAGCAUCCUCCUCACCUUCCACCAGCUCUGCGAUGCCCUGGGCCUCAAAAAUGUGGACCACCGUCAGUUCUACCCCCGCCUCAAGUCUUGUGUCACAUCAUGGAAGGCUCAGUCAAUAUGGGUCAAGCUGGACAAGAGAGCCUCUCACAAAGACUACAGAAGAGGAGAGGCCUGCAAAAACACAAGGGUGCUUGUGAUAGGAGCCGGACCAUGUGGAUUACGGGUGGCUAUAGAGGCCGCCCUCCUGGGGGCCAAGGUGGUCCUUGUGGAGAAGCGCGACCGCUUCUCUCGGAACAACGUCCUUCACCUUUGGCCUUACCUCAUCACUGAUCUCAAAAACCUUGGCGCCAAAAAGUUCUUUGGGAAAUUCUGUGCUGGAGCCAUUGAUCAUAUCAGUAUACGUCAGCUGCAGUGUAUAUUAAUGAAAGUUGCCCUGUUGGUUGGAGUAGAAAUCCAUACAAAUGUCUCAUUUGAAGGCCUCAUUGAACCUCCAGAAGUUGAGGAAAACAGUAAAGAUGCCCUUUUGAGGUUCCGCUCUAGAAGACAACGUCUUGGCACUGGCUGGAGAGCAAGGAUUUUACCAGAGAACAACCCUGUUUCUGAGUUUGAGUUUGAUGUCUUGAUAGGAGCUGAUGGCAAACGAAAUACACUUCACGGUUUUAAGAGGAAAGAAUUCCGAGGAAAGCUCGCUAUAGCCAUUACUGCCAACUUUAUCAACGGGAACACCCAGGCUGAGGCCAGUGUAGAGGAAAUCAGUGGGGUGGCCUUCAUCUUCAACCAGAAGUUCUUCCUUGAUCUGAAGGAACAGACUGGGAUUGACCUGGAGAAUAUUGUCUACUACAAAGAUGAAACUCAUUAUUUUGUCAUGACAGCCAAGAAGAUGAGCCUGCUGGAGAAAGGAGUCCUGCUCAAUGACUACAAUGACACUGUCCAGCUGCUCUCCAAAGAGAAUGUCGAUCAGGAUGCCUUGCUCAACUAUGCUCGAGAAGCUGCAGAUUUCUCCACCAAUCACAUGCUGCCAAAUCCGGAGUACGCCAUCAAUCACUACGGCCAGCCUGAUGUAGCCAUGUUUGACUUUACCUCCAUGUUUGCCUCUCACAAUGCAUCCCGCAUUAUAGAAAGGAAUGGUCAUACAUUGUUGAUGGGGCUGGUGGGCGACAGUUUACUGGAGCCAUUCUGGCCGACGGGUACUGGGUGUGCGCGGGGGUUUCUGGGAGCGUUUGACGCUGCCUGGAUGAUCCGCAGCUUUGCCUCGGGGAAAGCCACCCCAUUGCAAGUGUUAGCAGAGAGGGAGAGCAUAUUCCUGCUUCUGUCACAAACAACACCAGAAAACCUGCACAAAAACUUCCAUGAUUACAGCAUAGAUCCCAACACAAGAUAUCCUAAUUUAAAUUCAAAAUUCUUCAAGCCAGAGCAAAUGCGUCAUUUGUACGAUUCAGGUGAUGCGUCUUCAAAAGAUGAGGUGUUUGAGCUGCCAACUAAGAGAGCUAGAAAUGAAGAUUUCAUUGAUAGUUACACGCUGUUGCGUUGGUGCCAGAACUUGUUAAACUCUGGAAAGUAUUACAGUGUUCACGUGACUGACUUCACGGCCUCCUGGAAGAGUGGGCUGGCCCUCUGUGCUCUUAUACAUAUAUUCAGACCAGAGUUGAUUGACUUCAAAAGUCUUGCAGCUGAAAACAUAGCAGAAAACAAUCAGUUGGCAUUUGAUGUAGCCCAGAAGGAACUGGGUGUUCAGCCUGUGAUGUCCGGAGAAGACAUGGCCAAAUGUGAAGUCCCCGACAAGCUCACCAUGGUCUCGUACCUUUCUCAACUCUACGAUGUCCUCAAGAAAGAAAAUCUGCCAUUACCUGACAUUCCCAAGCCCGCCAUAUUGGAUGAGGGUACAGGCCUAGGCACAAAAUCACCCACCAGAAAGGUGUCUCUACUCAAUAGGCUCAGUAACAGAUUUUCCAAAGCAAAGAAGAGAAAAGACAAAGAUGAUGUCACAGACAGUAACACACCUACAUUUGGCAGCAAGAGGUAUCGUGAAGAGAAAGAGAAUGACGUAAUGCUCACUGGCUACAACAAGGUCCCGAUGGAGGAGUUGAGGAACAAGCUGGUGUUAGGGAACAAGCUGGACGAUGCCAUUAAACGGCCGGCAAACAAAGACGUUCAGGGAAAUGUCAGCGUCAAACAAAUGGGAGAACUGCUGGUCUCCAAAUUCCGUGGACAUGAUCUCAAUAAUGUUGACUCAGGCAAACGUGUGAACGGUCGCUCCACCCCACAGCCCCUGAUGGCAGCCCAGCCAGCCAGUGAGUUUUGUGUGUUCUGUAAGAAGAGAGUGUACCUGAUGGAAAGGAUGAGUGCCGAGGGCCUUUUCUUCCACAGGGGAUGUCUGAAGUGUGCCUACUGUGCAGUCUCACUCAGACUCGGCAACUACUCUUUUGAGAAAUCACCAGCGGGUGAACCUCUCUUUUAUUGUUUCCGGCACUUUGGAAUGAUGAUGUCAAGAUCAAGAAGGAAGCGUAAUUUUGAAGAAGCAGAUGAUAUUAAGGAAAAUAUUGAGGAUAAAGACACAGUUGAUUCCAGUCCAGCUGUAAAACUGUCUCCUGUAGAAAAGAAAACACCACCUCAGUUAAUCGGAGGUCUAACCGUCCCAGAAGAACCAUUCCCACAAGCCUUGAGAACACCCGAGCGGGUGGAGUUUGAGAACUCUCUAGAAGGAGAGGAAGAAACUGAAGAGGAGCAGACGGAGCACAAUCUUCGCUCCUCAAUUUCAUGUGACCUGUUGCUAGGGGAGGAAGAAGGCGAGGAAGAGUCUGAUUCUGACGACGAGUUAACACAAAUGGAACUGGCACAUAUCCUGAAUCAGUGGUCCAGCGGAGAAGAAGACUUGGAGGACGAGGUGAUGGCUGAUGAGAUUUCAGGUGCCAGGGAACUGGCUGCCACCUGGCAGAAGCGUCAUUCCAGGGAGAACCUGCUGGACAUUGAUGAUGAAGAGCUGUCAUCUGAUGAGGAAGAUGACACCGAUGAAGUAUCAGAUUAUGAUUCUAUGGAUGAAGAUGAUGAAGGCAGUCUGACAGAGACUGAAAGUCGAAAUGAGGAGCGUGGUAGAGAUAGUGAGGAAAACGUUGACCCUGGAUUCAGAGAGGCCUCCCCUGUAAACACACCCACCAGUCCCGCAGCCCUCAAAGCUGCCAGGGAAAGCUUCUUUGUGUCCGCCCCAGAGGUCGUCCGUCUAGACCCCUGGAGCAUGUUUGGUAUGGGAAAGAAAGACGGCAAAGCAGCAGAGACUGAAGGCGAAAAGGAGGAAAAUGGAGAGAUGAAAGAUGAGGGUAAGCCAAGAGGAGACAGCAGCAAGAGUCCAGAGAAGCCAAAACACCGGCGCCACAAGAAGAAGAAUUACGCACAGCUGUCAGAGGAAGACGAGAGCGAUAGUUUGAGUGAAGGCAAGAGAGUAGGGAGAGGGAAGGCUGAAGCGAGGGAGGACUCGACCGAAGAGGCUAGUGAUGAGAAUCUUGAUAAGUCUGCCGUGAGCAGGGCCAUGGAACAACUCCUGCAGGACCUGGAUCAGGAGAAAGAGUCUGCUACCAGUGACUUGGAGGAGCAGGAGGAGAACGUCCUUCAAAACGUCAAGGUCAACGGCAGCCAUGACACAAGCUCAACAGAUAGAGAUUAUAUGGCCUCUGGAGAAGAUAAGAACUCGUCAGAGGAGGUGUUCAUGCGCUCCUCCCUAGCAGGAGGAAAGGGGUUCCAAGCCCAGAUGCUGACAGUGACAGAGAGAGCCGUGUUAAAUAGCGUGAUGCAGAUGUCAGAUGAUGACACUAUCGCUCUAGGAUCAGGUGAAGACACUAUGAAAGCUCUAAUGGACAGUUUAGAAGCUAUGAAUAAAGAGACAGACGAUGUUGGUGCUGCCUCAGUUGUUGCCAAUGCUGGAUCAUUAGAGAACCUUCGUACCAUAGACGACAAGUUUGUAACAACACGAGGCAGGCGGAAAAAGAAGCGAACGCGCAACCGCAAGACUUUGACACCUCAGUCGAGCGUGGCUGUGUCUACCACAAGUGACUCGGGACCAUCCUCACCCAGUUCGUUGUCAGCUGAAUUUGCUUAUAAUGAGCAGUUCCUUCAGAAUAAUGAAGACGAUGAUGAAAAGCCAGAUGAGGACAUGCUGCGAGAUUAUCAGCUGACGCUUAGUCAAGCCCUGGGUGAGGAUCAGCCAGAAAGUGGACCAGAAAACGAGCUAAAAAAUGAACAAGCAGAUUUAAGUAGUACUACCUCAAAUAUUGAAAAGGGAGAGGACCAAAUUGACAAUGUUCUUGCAUUACCAGGUCUUGCAGACACUCAAAAACAUGUACCAGAGGAGAAGGAAAGUUUAACAAGUGAGAUUCUCAAACAAGAGGAAACUCCCAAAGCAAAAGAAAUGGAGAACCAAGAACAGAGAGAAAUCCGAAAUGACAGACGCUCACCGGAGAAAAAGAAAUCUAAGUCCAAUAUUGUGAGGAAGUUUCAGAGCAAACAGAAAAUCAAAGAAAGUGAAAAAGUGCGAAUUGCCAACACGGGUAAAGCCCUGAAUGCCAGUAUUGACGAGCCAGAAGAUUCUGAAGCUUUCUUCACGCCAACAGCCGUUAAAUCAGACAGUGCUAAGAAUAAAGGUGGUGGUAAGAGACCUUUGAGAAAGUUGCCUGAUUUAAGCCAGAUUAAUUCUCGUGAGAAAAAGACUGAUAUUCCUGUUCCCACCUACAGCUCCUUGUCACCUAAAAAGCACCAGAAGAAGACAUCAGAGAAAAACAGUGUCCCACGUGCUGAACUUCCUUCAAAAAAGACUGUUGGGGGCAAGAAGAAAAUUAGUGUGGAUAGGACAAAGCUGGAAUCGGAUUCAAGUUUUCCUAAAAUACGAGAAGAGGGACCCUUCCCAGCAGAGCGAGGGAGGACAAAGAUCCCUCUGGACUCUAGUUUGUGUUCUGAUCAGAUGGCUGAGGAAGUGAGGAAGAGUAUCGGAGACAACAUGGAAGAUAUUCCAUUCGCAGAUGAUAGCUGUGGGGAUGUGUCACCCUCAGAUGAGGUUUUCUUCACACCUCAGACCUCUGUGAGGCCACAGGUUCAUCCAGGGAAAGCUGAGCGCAUUCACGCAGGCCAGGCCACGAAUGGGGCGCGCAAGAGAAUACUCCCAACUCCGCGUAAAGGCGACACGCCAGGAGUUCUCCCCCCUGAAAAAAUCAAGGAGAUCCAACAGGCGGAGAUCGAAAAGGCCAAGGAGAAAGCCAGGGAAAAGGCAAGGUUAAAGAGCGACGAAGAGCUUGGUCUGCUAAACAUGAACAGUUACGCCGGGGUCCCUGUGCCUGUCAAACGACGAGGGCUAGGGAAGAUAUCUGGGUCGGAUACAGACCGCAGUGAGUUCUCUAGAGACAGCGACGAUACAAGGAGUCCAAUGUCACCCCUCAGUCCCGACAGCGAAUCAGCAGACGGCAGCCCAUCAGCUAAAAAGACUAAGAACAAACGCAAAUUCAAACCUCGAGGUUCUGACAGCAAGUCAUCUCAGGAUGAACAGAAAAGUGACAGUUCCUCGGCCAGGAAAGACAAGGAGAAACGUAACUCUCUACUAGCCAUGUUGUUACCUUCCAAAAUCCCUCACAAGGGGAAAGACAUUGUCUCGCCUACUGUCAAUGGGGAAGGCAAAUCCAAAACCAAAACCCCUAAAACUGCCGAGAAACAUAAGAAAACCCCGAAAUCUGGUGCCAAAAAGAAGGACAAGAAGCGACGUCAUGGGUCAAAGGACAACCUGGAUCAGGACCUGAGUGAGAACUUGCGAGACCUGAAGAUCGGGUCCACGGUGUGGUAUGACAAGGACAGGGAGAGUCUGGCUUACCUCAACUCUCAGGCCAACAGAGCCCCCAAAGCAGAAGCUGAGGAUAUGUACGAUUCUGACGAUAGCUUCAUGUCCACGGAGACUCUGAGGUCCAUCUCAAGGAGGAAUCGUCACCUGACUGGAGAUGACGAAAUGAGUGAAAAGCUAACGAGGAAGGUGCAACAUGCUGCAAGGCGCCAGCAGAAGCAGCGAGAGCAGAAGCGGCUGCGAAUGGCGCAGGAGAUCCAGCGUCGUCUGGAGGAAGUCGAUGUCAAACAGCGCGAGUUGGAAGAGAGGGGGGUUAAAGUGGAACAAUCCAUACGCAGUGAAGGAGCAGAAGCUGCACCUUCUCCUGAAGCCAGUGACCUCCUAGAGGAGUGGUUAAAUCUAGUCCAUGAGAAAAAUGCUCUGGUCAGAUACGAAUCGGAACUCAUGGUCCAGGCUAAAGAGCUGGAGUUGGAGGACCGUCAGAGUCGAUUAGAACAGGAACUGAGGGAGAAAAUGGCACAUUCUGACAAGAACAAGACAAAUGAGGACAUAGCCGCAGAGCAGGCCAUCCUGAAUGAGCUGCUUGAGGUGGUGGAGGAGAGAGAUAACCUGGUGGCCAUGUUGGAGGAGGAGAGACUCAGGCAACAAGAAGAAGACAAGGAUUUGGAAUCAAUCAUGUUGCAGAAGGGCUUUAUGCUCUCACCACUCGGUCACACAGAGAAGCUGAAAACUAAGGACUAUUCCUCAGAAUCCGACACACAGUUUGUCUGAUUGCACAUACUGCUGAGCGGUGUAUCCAAUUUCAAAACCAAUGGCUGCACAACUGCCGCUUACUUCAGAUAUCCCAUGUAUCCUAGCAGAUCCUUGCAUAUGAGAAUUUGAAUUCUGAAUAUUUUCAUUCGAUGAUCUAGUGUGUGGAUGAAUACCCCUGAGAUACAUGAACCUGGGCGGAAUGGUGUCUUGGUAUCUUAUCUGAAAAGUACCUCUUUUUUUUUGAGGGCCAUGCUGCUUUCAGAAGCUCCUUAGCCUAUUUACACUGCAAAAAGCUGCUUCAGAGAGGUGGUAACUAGGGAAGAAGACUGGUCACUCGAGGUAAUGGUAGUGUAACUGACAACGGAGACAGAAUGUUAGCAUGUGUCUCACAGACAUUGUAGACAGUGUAGAGGAUGUACAUGCUAUUGUGACACGGUCUAAGAGGUUUAUAACACUGGAGUUUUUGAGACAUUGUAAUUGAUGCUGGAGACUGUAGUCCGAGUCAUUGUAACAAAUGGGAGAUUACAUUGGAGGUCUCCAAGACAUUGUAAUGUUUAUAUGAGACAUGUUGUUUCAGCUGAUGUCAAACACUGUUAUCUGAGAUAUGGUAGCCAAUGAGAUAAUACUGUAUGGGUGUCUUAGAUGGUUAGUGUAUGAGAAAUGUGCUUCAGACUGUGAGACAAGUGUAUUUCCCUUGUCUUGAGAAACAGUCCUCAGAAAAACUUAUAUCAUGAGGUUCAGAGGCUGAUCCUGCAUUGAUUAAACAAUUUUCUGGGAUGAAUACCAGAAAAGCUCUGAUGA